CCCUUAUCUCGAAGUAUAUAGACAUCGUAACUUUAGUGCUGUGAGAUGUCGUCUAUGAAGCGGUUCUUGAACCGGAACAGAAAGUCGGAAACUUCUGACAGAGAGUCGCUAACUUCUCGGAACUUGGCUCCUACAACAAGCAACAGCACCACGGAGUCUCACGAUGAGAGCGUCAACGCUUUGCAGCCGAUGUUUGACUCGCUGCAUAACGAUGUAGGCGAAGCAGUUCCUCUGUCUUUUCACUUCAAUAACGACAUGAGUCUCAACUUGAAUCCCUCCAUCCUGAACACUAAUUCGAAACAGGCCACAUCAGUUUUCACCAAAGACUCUGAGUAUAUGGACAAAUCACUCUUUUCGCGUGGUCAGAGUCGAAAGACAUAUUCUACUAAGCAGUCGUCGUACAAAAGUGGAACAAGCAACAGCAGCGGCAAGAAGGAAGCCUUCCAUUAUAGUCAGCCCUUGCAAAUUUUGAACAUCCCUGAAGAAGCAAACGAAGUCAAUAGAACACCCUAUGAAACCAUCGCUGACAAGCUUUGCACUCUUUACGAUGACUUGGCCUAUAUAAUGAACCAGUACAAUAACUCGUUGAUCAACUUGACAACGGCGGUGAUCAACUCGAUAGACUGUUUUAAACGGUUUGUUUCCUUUAUCGAUACUAUCAAUAACCCAUCCAGUUUGGACUGGAACUUCACCACGUUCAACAACCUGAACGUCAGACGUAUCAUGAAGAUAUACCUCAACUUCUACGACAACUUGUUGCGCGACGAAGUGUACAUCAAAUUGAAGUUGUUAUUGGUCAAAAACUUCAACGAUUUCACGCAGACGUUGAACUCUCGUAGCCUGUCCGUGGCUCCGGCCACCAUCACGAAGCCUCAGAACUUCGCUGUGGGAAACAAUAAGGGUUUGUCGUUGCCUAACGAAGAUGUCUUAGAACGGAUCAUCGAGAAGAUCUCGUCAACAGCUAUUUCCAUGAAGGAACAAAAUGGAUCAUUCAUAGCUCCAAUCACUCGUGGUUUGAGCAAAGACUUGAACAUCCUCUGUUUGUACUUUGGCUAUCCAGAUCCCACCGAUUACCACUACAAGUUGACGCAGACUUUGCACGAGUUGUACGACGAUAUCCACGUAGUAGUAAUAAAGAACCAGAUCGAAUUAGCCAGUAGUGGUGCCAAAGCGGAAGCAUCACCCAUCACCAAGUUGACUAGUUUCGAAUCGUACCACAACCCCAAUAAUGUUGGCUCUUCAGCUGCACCGAUUUCUGCCAACCAAAAGUUCAAGCUUCCCUUCCGUAUUCCCACCGAUGCUCAGAGACCACCCAUGUCUCUCUCGUUGUCUGUAGAAAACUCUAGCCGUACUUCUGGAACCGUAGGAGGUUAUAUUUACCCUAUCAUUGAUAUAAAGAAACAGCCUCAUUUGGAGUCGUAUGCCAGCUCCAAGUUCGCUAUCACCUGUGGCCAUGUCUGUCUUGACACCACCAACACCGCAACAACUGAGUAUCCUCAUGUUUCGGCUCCGCUGUCGGUAUUGAUAUCAUUGUACAAACAGGCAGUUGCCCAGCAAUAUCAGAAAGUAGCCUGUCAUGCUGAUGAAGCCAUGUUUGCUGAUUCAAAGAUUGCUUACGGUGCUGUCUUGAAACAGUUAGAAGAAAUCUUCCCUCUCAAGCGUGUCAAGGUGACAGAUCCAAAGACCAAGCAGGAGAAGUACGAAGUUAGAAACUUGCCCAAGAAUAGAUUUGGCCAAAUCAUCUGGGGUGAAAGAACGUUGAUCAAUGCUAAGAAGGACACUGAGGAUAAGGAGGAAAGUGCGAAUGCAAAUGCGAAUGCUGAAAAGAGACUCUCUGAUUUGGCCAUCAUAAAAGUGAAUAAGAAUCUUGUUUGCGACCAGAACUUCUUAGGUGAUGAUAUCCAAUUCAACGAGUUCGACCCAGCCUUGAUGUUCGACAACUUGUAUGUCAGAAAGGUGAUUAACUUGACAAGAUAUUCUCCCAAGCAGCUUGACUUGAACAUCGACGAAGUUGACCUGAGUCUUUCGUCGAACACUGCUGAGGUCGCAAAGAACUACUCUGGCUUGCUGGUAUUCAAGUAUGGGUCUACUACUAAAUUCACCAAAGGUACUUUGAAUGGUAUCAAGCUAGUCUACUGGUUAGACGGAGCUAUUCAUUCCUCCGAGUUUAUAGUCAAUUCUCUUGAAAAUAAUUCGGCAUUCGCUGCUGGCGGUGAUAGUGGGUCGUGGAUCUUGACCAAGUUGGAAGACAUCGAAGACGAUAGCUACUCCAAGGGGUUGGGUGUUCUUGGGAUGUUGCACUCGUAUGAUGGUGAGUUCAAGCAGUUUGGCUUGUUCACGCCCAUCUGCGAAAUCUUGCAACGUUUGGAAGAAGUCACCAGCAUCAGGUGGGGCGUCGUAGGUUGUUCUCCAGCAGCCAAGGAUGUUGUUGAUGAAGACGAAGAUGACGAAGGCAGCUCUACCAACGAUGAGGGAGACUUCGACAGCGACAAUGAAAGUCACGAAGAUCUUGAAGGAGCGGAUCCUCCAGACAUCGACUAGUUCAUUUUCGAUAUUUCAAUUUUCAAAUGUUGUUUUUGCCCAAAAUUUAUUUUACAUUAAACCAAAGUGAGAGAUAGAUACAACCAGGAAAGAGUAUGGUAUGAUACAAAGUUUUCUUAAAAAUUUUUGUGGUAUGAUAAAGACGUUUCUUUCUAACUUCAUAUGAUACCUUUUUUUCAUUUCAAAACAGUUUUUUACGUGAGAGUUUUCAACUAUAAUCGAUGGGAUAUAGUUUAGGUGUAUACUACUAUGAUUAAAUAUAGUUCAUAAAAUAUUAAGAUCAUUCAAAUACGUUU